UAUUGUGAUCGACAAAUAUGUUUAUGUACAUUCAUACGUUUCUUUGCCAUAUAUUUAUAUCACUCCAUACUGCUGGUUAAGAUGUGAAGUGUGAAUAUGCUUAAAGACAUUUUUGUCCAUUUGGAAAUGUAUAGCUAGUCACGUUAAAAUACAUGGCUAGCUAUUCGAAUUUGCAUUAUUUUAUAAAUGUCGAAAAUUUCACGAGUCUCUGAUUUUACUUCAGUACAGCCGGUUUCUUAGCGCAAUUUGCAGUUUCGUCGAGUCACAAGGCGAAAUGAUACUAGCAGAAAUGCACAAACCACUACCUCAGAGAUGGUAGAUGGAAGUUUGCCACCACUGCCUUGGUGGGGAGUUGAGGUGGGACACAGGAGAGGCUAAUCAAAGCACUGUCACAACGCAGCGAUGGACGACUCCGACCAGGACUUCACAGACCUCUUCGGCAGACUCCUGAAGAGGGUCCGCAAGAAGGGGGUUGGCGCCGGGGAAUCUGGGGAGGAAGGCAAGAGGGGGGAGGAGAGUCAGCCACUGACUCGCACAAAGGACCGAGCUAAGCGGGGGUACCCAAAGAACAGUGUCUGUUCGAAAAGACAGCAGAGCAGCCAAAAGGCCACUGAAACUUCGGCUAGGAGGACACAGGAUUCCGACUCUGCUAGCCAGACGGUUUACAAGGAGACUGCUGUUACCCAGGAGACCACAGCCGUCAUGGCAACCACGCAGACGAACGGCACACAGCCAGCUGCUGGCGAGGCUGCGCCUUUGGGGGUGAAGGAGAAGGUGGUACGCAGGAUGCAGCAGUUUAAGAGGACCGACCCACAGAGACUGAAGCUGACUGGGAGCGAGGAGCUUCGUGAUGCAGAGCCACAGAGACUGAAGCUGACUGGGAGUGAGGAGCUUCGUGAUGCAGAGCCACAGAGACUGAAGCUGACUGGGAGCGAGGAGCUUCGUGAUGCAGAGCCACAGGAAAACACCCCUUCACUGCCGGUCGCCCAAGCAUUCCCCCCUACGUCUGCGUCAGAGCCCACUCCAGGGUCUCCCGGGGACGAGGCCCUGGCCAUCAGGCUGCAGCAAGAGCUGAACACCGAGGCUCUGGUGAACACGAUCGACCUGGACCUGGGUGGGCUGUUCUUCUGUCAGAUCUGCCAGAGGGACCUAUCAAACAUGAGCCCCAUGAGUCGUGCACAGCAUAUCAACAGGUGUUUGGACCAGAGUGAGGGCAGUGCCCCCCCUAAGCCAGCCCCUCCCCGUGUGCCUGACUGCCCCAUUUGCGGGAAGGGGUUCAAGUCCCAGAAGAGUCGGGGAUCUCACCUGAAGCGCUGCGCGGCGGACAUGGGUGUAGGCCCCGCCUUGCUGAUGGAGGUCCUGCAGAGGCAGGCCGCGGAGGGGCCGGGCAGCAGUGCGGCCGGGCAGCAGGCACAGGUAGGCGGGUCCAAGAGGAAGGGCUCUGCAGAGGCCGACCGCCCCGCCAAGAAGAAGCCCAGGAAGAAACCUCCAGCACCGGAUGAGGAUACUUUGGUCGCCAUGGCCCUGUCACGCUCCAUGAUGGAGAGGGAGAAGGAGAAGGAGGCUGAGCUCGCAGCUCCGACCCUGGGCUUGCAGCGGAGGCCAGACAGAGGUGUGGGUAAGAGGCGUGGUAAGAAGGGCCUCCCAGCACCUCCUCCUCUUCUCCUCAUACAGGACCCCCAAGCAGCCCUCACACGGCUCCAGGAUCGAAUCGCGGCUCUCCUGCUCCGUAUAGAAUCCCCUGCACCUCCCACCCCUGACUUGCCUGCCAGCACCCUUCCAGCUUGGACCGGUGCUGCCCCCUUGUGGCAAAGAAGCACACUACUUGACGGAGGUCCGACCUCAAUUCUGGACUUCUACACCCCUGCACUCAGGCCCCUCAUUGAGCCCUGGGUUCCAUCUGUUGAGCAGGGAAACCCGGACGUCAUGCCCCCUGCCCAGUGUCGGUCUGUGUCCUUAGCGGAGCCCAUGGUGGUGGCAGGAGACAGCCCCUGUCCUGCUGAGAAGCAUCUGGAUCCCAGCGACGGUCCCGUCCCGUCUCCCGCCCUCUCUGCCGACCCCUCUUCCUCCCUGUCUGGCCUCCCGGUGGGGAGUCAGACCCUGCGUGACGUGAUGGACCUGGCUGAGGAGGGCAUGACGCUCACGCAGUGCGGGGGCACAUCUGAACGUGCCUACGAUAAAGACGUCGUCGGGGACUUCAAGCUAAGCGGCUUCGUACCGGAGACUGAAAGAGAAAUUACUGAGAGCAAAGUGGCGCUGUCCCGCCUGUCUGCUGACCUGGCCAGCAUGGUCAACAACCCACAGCUCAGUGAUGUGCAGCUACAGGUUGACUGCGGGGAUGUCUUUUUCGCACACUCGUUCAUGCUCUAUGCCCGCUGUCCCAUGCUAAUUGAAAUGGUCCAUGACUCUGGUUUUGGCGUACGGGAGGAGGGCCUGCCCCAGGCCCAGAGGGUGCUGUUGGGAGAGGUUCCAGCCAAGGCUGUUCUUGAACUGCUGCAUUACAUCUAUACAGGUCAUUGUCCCCUCACCCCUGAACUAGUGCCACACGUCCAGGAGCUGGCAGUCAGGUUUUCCAUGACAGAACUGGAGGAACUGUGUCUGCAAAAUGUAGGAUUAGCGGACGAUCGUGGGGCUGUGCUUCAACAGCUGGUGCAGAAUGGAGGAGAAAAGGACACAAUCCACGAUGAGCAGAACUUCCUGGAGCUACUGCGCUCCAUGUGGGAGGAUGAGGAGAAUGAAGAAGACAGUAAAGAGGGCGGCGCCAGUAUGCGGGGGUGUGGAGAGUACAGGAUGGAGGGAGCCGGCAGCCCUCUACUGGGAGGUGGGGAGCUAGGAGAGGAAAGGGUGGAUGAGGACGAGCUGAAUGAGAUCUACGAAUUUGCUGCCAUACAGAAGAGGAUUCAGUCCAGUAUGCAAGCUGGGGAAGAAAGCGCAGAAGACGAUGACGAAGAGGCAGGAAGGGUCAAAGUAUGCAAAGAGGAAGAGGAGGACCGAGAGAAUGGGGAAAAGGGAGAUGAGAUAUCUCAAGAAGAGUCACGUGAGAAAGUGGAGCAGAGUGAGAAGCAGUUUGACGUAGAUCCCGGCCUGGGGAAUGGGAUGAUGAUAAUUGAUCAACCAGAGGCGAUUCAACCUCAUAAGUCUCCCGGUGCUGAGACCAGCCUAGACAAGAGCUACAACCGCUUGUUCUCACAGGCCUGGGGUGAAUAUGUGGAGCCCUCUCCUGGUCCAUUCAGCUGCCAUUCCCACAGAGGCGUUGGGGGUGCAGGGCAGCCAGGGUUACUGGUUGGGAGGGCAUCCUCUAGGCUCCAGCAUGGGGAAGUUUCACGCCUACCGUGCUUUGAUAGCCAAGAGGCAAUCAUUGAUCUCUCUAUAAGCCCUCCCCCUGACCCCUGUUCCAUGUUCCCUGUGAUAGACCAUUCUAUGGGUUCUGUUGAGUACAAGGAGAAAGAGGAACUUGAUAUAAGUGGCUCAUUUAGCACAGAGGAUCCUCGGGAUGAUGUCAUUCACAGCAGCAAAGAAGUAAGCUGUAAAGAUUACGUAAUCAGAGUCGCCAACUCAUCUGGACCUGUAGCCUCUUCCGGUUGUAGGGAACAGCGUAUAACACCAGAGGUAAUCGUGCUGUCUGACUCUGGUGAUGAAAUGGAUGUGGAUCCAAAGAAUGUGGAUGUUAAGACUCAUGUUGUCCAAAAUCAGCAGACUCCACUUGUAUCUGAAAACCAAUCGGGUGAUAUAGAUAAUCCUGGAGUUGAACCUGGGGAGCCGGAGAAACCAUCUCAGUCGGCAAGUAAGGCAGAAACUCUUCAAGCCCCGGCGAACGGUUCCCACAUGGACAGCUUUGUUGAUAGCUCCUGGCUGGUCCCAGGCACACCAGUAUGUCCCAUGAAGGUGACCCGAACUAGUUCUACACAGACUCACAACAGCAUGUUCCGUACACAGCUCUUUCCAAGGUCCCUCGACAACAAAGCGAGGUCAUCAUUAUCACCCUCGCCUACCUCUGCUAGCAUCCCCGUGACAUCAGUAACCCCGAAACAUAAUGGUAUGUUUCGUCAGCCAGACGGAAUUAAGCACUGCAGUACAGCCUCCCUGGGCAUCUCAGGGAAACUGGUCAGCAGCAGUUUCCAGAGCCCAAACCGCAAGAACUCUGGUUUGAAUAAAGAAGAAAAUUUAAAGAAUGGGAACAUGGUUACAGUUGAUGUUAGCCAGACAGAAGACCUUAUCCGACCAGACGGCAGGUCUGCGGAGAGCUCGCAUGCACAACCAGGGUUACGCAGACGGACCUCCAGUUGCACUGGAAUUGAAUGGACCAGUGUGCCACCAGCAGCUAGCAGUACCCCUUUGGCUCUGUGUUCCGGCGCAGUGCGGUUCUCUGUUCUCCACAGCGACAGUGAGCACAGCUCAGGCACCAUCCAGAGCAGUGUUGCCAAAAGAACGGGUUCUGCUGACGAGUCCUCUGCGGAGACCCCUCAAGGGGACAGUCCGGGAUCUUUGCACCUUUCCCUCGUGGCCACUUCGCCGUCCACGCAGAGAGAUUGUGACUUAGGGCUGAAUCCAAGGGAGUCUCCAGGAAACCGGUCCUCCAGGGAGUCUGACUGCCUCCAGAGCCCUGGCAAUGGAAAUUUGUCAGAGAGAGAGGAGAAUCUGUUUGAGGAGCCAGAGGAUGGGUUGUUACCUGGACAGACCUCCUGCGCCAUGGACGAGCCGCCCAUGCCUUUUGAUGACUCCUGGGGAAUGGGCGCUCGUUUCAGCCUGAGGGUGGACUCCAGCACCGGGACCGGUCCUCUGGAGCCAGACCAGGGUGACGCCGGGACGGGGCGCAUCUCUCCCCCUGCUCCUCCUGUUGAUCAUGCAACCCAGACUCCUUCCAAACUCUCCUCCAGCAUGCUGAACUCCAAGAUCUGGGAUGAUUGGGAGGAAGAUGGAGAGCUAGUGGAGCUUCCUCUUUCUCAAACAGUGUGUCCCAUGGCCCCAGCCAAGACUGUCACACAGCUGAAGACGCCAGUGGCCACUUGCAGGAAGAACCAGCCCCCCCUGGAGCCUUUCACCCCCAUGCCCGGCUACUCUGAUAUGGAGACACCUGAGCUGAAGAACCGCCUGAACAAGUUUGGCGUGCGUCCACUGCCCAAACGACAGAUGGUCCUGAAGCUGAAGGAGAUCUACCAGUACACCCAUCAACUGCUGAGCUCUGACUCAGAGGAGGAGGUCUUUGGCCAGCACCAAGACCCCAGUGCUGCCCACCUCAAGCAGCAUCCCAAGCCCGCCUCUGCCUCUGGUUCCAGGGAUUUUAAACAGCCGGUGGGGAUGGCUGUGAAGGCAUGUGCCGAAGUGCCGGCCCUCAGACCAGACGGCCAUGAGGAUGGGGACCUGGACCGGGAGCCACUCUCGGCUUCCCAGGCCUCCACCGCGUCUUCUACAGCCGCUAGUGAGGACUCCGAAAGGUCCAAUCCAGAACUUUGCCCCUUGUCUGACGACGACUCCGACAGCGACGAGGUGACGCCGUCUCAGGCCGUGUCACGCAGUGCCGUGAAACUGCAGGCAGUGCGCCAUCUCCUCCAGUCCGACACUGAGCUCUACGGACAGAUCCUGCAGUACCAGCCCCUGGUUCUCUCUCAGCUGCAGGCCCGGCUGAAAGAGGCCGGGAUCCGCUUGGGUGCUACAAAACUGCUGGACUUCUUGGAUUCGCAGUGCAUCACGUUCACGACGGCCAACCCUGCCAAGGCGAGCUUGCCUCGGGGGAGGGGCAAAGGGCGGGGGCGUGGCAGGAGGCUUAAAGGGACAGUGAAGACCUCAGCAUGAGCGAGACCUUGGUGCGAAUUGGGAAGGGAGGAAUGGAACCACAGCAUUACAUAGUCUUCUAUGGACAGAUCUUGUAGCUGUGACAUGGAUGUUUGCAGUGCGAGUCACAGCUUUGCGAUUCGAUGCCUCUGUCGUGUUAAACGUGCUUAGGAUUUCACUGACAAGCACAGGCCAUCAGAGAAGCCACUGUUCAUGCGCUUUAAGAGCCUGGUCUUUUCCUGUUCAUAUAAUCAGUGUUUGGUCUAUUUUCUGACGGUUUCAGAGCCUGUCUGGUGUUAAACAUCUGACCUCCUUCACCGUCGGAGCUGGUAGUGGACACACAGAGUUGUUUUAAUUUUUUUUAUCACAUAAAUUAUUUUUUUAUGGCAGCUUUCAAUUGCGCAUAAGCAACCUUAUCAGUCUUGAGCUUACGUAAUUAAUUUUGUAAUUUGUUUUAAAGUUGUUCUGUACAUUUAUUGGUCUUGUAAAGUCUUAAUAAUGAAAUUCAAAGAAAAGUGUUUUGUUGAAGGGUGUUUGUGUGUACAUAUUAUUUUGUACUCUGUUGCCCCCAGGUAUUUAACUGAAAGCAGAAGGAUAUUAAUCUAUUUAUUAAAAACCACUGCGAAUAAA